GUGGUUCAUGUAGGGAGAGCGAAUCAACAUAGCUGUCACGAAAGUCUGUCAAAAGCCACAGCAUUGCCAGUAAGGAUUCAUUUCAAAGAUGGCGAUGUCUUCUGAUAACAUUACAGUGGAUCCGUUUUCAGUCUCUCCUCGUCCCAACCAGAGCUCCUGUGAUGUUUUCACCGGCCAGGCUGUUGCCACGGUUCUCUUCCUCGUCUACUUGCUGGUGUUCCUCAUCAGUGCCUGUGGCAACAGCCUGGUGCUCUACGUGAUCUGUCGCAGUCAGCAGAAGUGUAUCACUUCCAUCUACCUGCUGAACCUGGCUCUGUCCGACACCCUCUUCACCCUGUUGCUGCCGGCCAGGAUCACCUACUACAUCCGUGGCUUCGACUGGCCUUGGGAUGUCAUGUGCACGUUGACCGCAGUCAUCUUCUUUGCGAACACCUAUGCAGGCAUCGGCUUCAUGACCUGCAUCUCCGUGGACCGCUACCUGGCCAUGGUGCAUCCGCACCGGCUGCGGAGUCUGCGCAGCGUGAAGGUGGUCCGACGGGUGUGCGGCCUGGUGUGGGCCAUCGUGCUCCUGGAGGUGGCCUCCGUGCUGUUCAAGAGCAUGCUCACGACCACCGUGGGCAAACGCACAUGCAUGGAGUUCUCCAAACUCGGGGCCAGGUCCAUGCUGUAUCUUCUCCUGCUGGCCUGCGUCUUCUCUUUCUUCCUCCCGCUGGCACUGAUCCUCGGAUGCUACGCCCAGAUCAACAGGAAGCUACGCUCCGCCGCACGGCAGAGCCCGCUGGGCGCGGGGGCCCGGGGGGGGAGUGGACAUUGCAGGGCCAACACCAUCAUCCUCCUCAUCUUGCUCACCUUCACGGUGAGCUUCGGCCCAUACCACGUCAACAUCAUGCAGUUCAUGGCGAGGAGUCUUCUCGCAGAGCCCCCGUGUCAGGAAAAGAGUGACUUCAAGGCGUCGCUGCAGGUGACCGUGUUGCUCAUGAACUUGAACUGUGCCUUGGAUCCCAUCCUCUACUUUUUCGCGAUAAAGACCUACAAGAAGAGGGUGAUGAGUCUGUUCAAGGGGAAUAAGUUGACAUCCUCUGAUCUUCAUUUGAAAGUCAGGCAGAAGAGCAGCAGCAUUACCUAAGAAGGUAGUGUGAAAAGUGAAAGAUAGAGCCCUGUUUUAUCUUAUUUGUAUUUUUGGGUUAUGUUGUGUAACAUGAUGUAAAACCGCACUAUCUUAACUAUUAGAAUCUGUAAAAAACUUUGAUUUAUUACCGGGGACUCAUCACCUCUUCUUGUAGGCGUGUAAUCAUUUGUGUGUAGUAUCCCAAAAUAAACAAAAUUACAACCAAACUACUAGGAAUAUGCACUCCAUUGAUUGAUGGCAUUAAACAUUGAAGUAUUUUUUUCGUUCUGAAUUGUGAUUAGAACUUGUUUGGUCUGUUUGGGAAACUUUUUUGGUCAUUAAAAGAAAACAUUAAUGACUUGCUCACUUUCAGUCGGCAAAGAAGUAGAUAUGUGGACCAAGUCGGGUGGAAAACUAUUAGAACCUAGCAAAGCGUGUAAUUGGAUGUCCAUUAGUUCCUUCUCGGGCACUGUGAAAAAUUCUCCCUCUCAUUUCCCUCUUUACAAAUCUGAUGAGGCAGAGAGAUGAACAAGUGCUUGAGAGAAAAAAAGACAAGGAAAGUUGGGUGAUGAAACUGCAAUUGCUUCAAUAAGGAAUAACAUUAUCUCCUUGAGCGUUUCCCAGAAUAUUCAACAGUUAUGAAGGUGGCACCCUGUCAAUAAACUCUUCAGACAAUUAUUAUGGGUGCUUUUACAGGUUAUGAGCAGGUGCACUCUCUCCACUCCACACAUAUGGACACACACACACACACACACACACACACAC